GCGUGACUCCUGAUCACGUGACUGCGGCCCGUCCCCCUUGAAGUAGUGGUGUGAAAACAGCUGCUUCAGCCUGGUCUUCCUGGUCGCUCCUUCCACGCGGAGACCAUGGAGCAUCUCAAGCAGUUUGCCGUCACGCUGUGCGCCGCCGGAGCCGUCGGCUUCGUCGCCGUUGUCUUCGUCCUCAGAUGGGUUCUCCACUUCAAGGAGGGCUUGGGCUGGGAUGGAGGACUGGCCGAGUUCAACUGGCAUCCGGUGCUGGUCGUCUCGGGCUUUAUUUUCCUGCAGGGAAUAGCCAUCAUCGUCUACAGGCUUCCCUGGACCUGGAAGUGCAGUAAACUACUGAUGAAGUUCAUUCAUGCAGGCCUGCACUUGGCAGCAUUCAUUUGUGCAGUUGUCGCCAUGGUGGCAGUUUUUGACUUCCACAAUGCGGCCCAAAUUCCUAACAUGUACAGUCUGCACAGCUGGUUGGGCCUGAUAGCAGUGAUACUCUAUAGUCUGCAGAUUGUUCUUGGAGUUGGCAUGUACUUGAUACCAGCUACACCUGUGUCCUGGAGAGCAGCGUUUAUGCCCAUCCACGUCUACAGUGGUCUUCUGCUUUUCGCCAGUGUUAUAGGAGUCGCACUCAUGGGCAUCACAGAGAAGCUUAUUUUUGGCCUGAGCAAUCCCAAGUACAAAGACUCUCCACCCGAGGCGGUUUUUGUGAAUGUUUUGGGAGUCCUCCUGGUGGUUUUCGGAGCCCUUAUUCUUUGGAUUGCCACUCGAACGUCUUGGAAACGCCCCAGCGACCAGAUUUUGCAUACUCUGCAUACCGAUGGGGGAGAUCAGGACAAUGGCAAAGAUGGUCCUGGCUUAGCUGAGCUGGCUACUGGAGAAGUUAGGAGGAGGAAUAAUACAUGUGACGACCCAGAGUAACAAAAAAAAAACAUGGAGAAAAAGGGAAAAGACUAGAAAAGAUCUUAGUGAAUGUAUGAAUUUCUUUCUUUCCUCCAACUUUGUUAUGGUGUAUAAAUGCACAAAUAUCAUAGUGCACACUUUUCUAGAACAUUAAAAUGAUGAACUUUUUUUCUUGUUUUUAGGAAAAGAUGUCAAUUUUUUACAUGUCCUGUAUACCACAGAUUCUUUCCCUGCAGUUUUUUAUACAUUAAUAAAUUUUUACUGUUUAUAUCUA